UAUGGACACAAAUAUCGUACAUCGGUACCAGUACGACAAACUGUAUAGCUGUGUAUUUAAAUUGUAUCAAAAUCAUCUAAAACUAUGAAACGGUGCUUAUGCUGCCAAAAUAAACAAGCAGACGCCGUCCAAAUUUUAUGGUCAAAAGGUCGGGAUUCGGACCGCGCUCCGCCAGUUGAAUAGCCCUGUUCUCUAGCUUUGAUUGUCAUUUUUUCUCAUAUUGGCAGACUCAAAAGUGUCAUUGUACCAUUACAUCAGAUAGGCACUGUUGUUCUUUCAUUACCUGUUCAGUUUAUAAUAAUGAAAUGUAUUUUUACAGGUAGUCUUGAAAUGUAAAAAUAAUGUCUGGUAAACCGGAUCAGUCCAAAACUGGCAUCAGCCCUGCGAAACUUGUGUCAAUGUACAAAUGCAUGAACGAUUUGAGAUUACAAAACAUAUUUUGUGAUGUCACAAUCAAAGUUAAGGACAAAGAAAUCCACGCUCAUGGGGGAGUACUGUGCGCACAUUCUCACUAUUUCAAAGAUCUGCUGAAAAAAUGUAAUAUUGGGGGUGAAAAAGUACUCGUUCUUGAAAAAUUGGAACCCGAGAUUGUGCGCAGCUGCAUCGAUUUCAUGUAUACGGGAGAAGUCGAGCUCAAUGAUGAUAAUUUAGACGAAAUCACUGAAGCGGCACAUCUUUUUGGGUUGAAAGAGAUUGAAAAAAUGUCUGCAAAAAUUUUCAUCAAAGAUAUGGAUGUAUACAAUGGAAUGGCCAUAAGACGAGUUGGCAGGCGAUACCAUUGGGAUGAUAUCGUGGAACAGACGGAGAGGUUUUUGAAAUCGAAUUGCAUUAAAGUACUCAUGACGGAUGUUUUUGUGAUUUAUUCAAAGGAUGAAUUGGUUUGGCUUUUGGACAAUAAACAACUGAGUCACCCACUUGAGGAAAUGCAAAUUUGGGCUUCGAUUAUAAAGUGGACGGAACACCACAUGGAUCAGAGAGAACCAUAUUUAUUUGAGCUCCUACAAAAAAUAACUCUCGAUAAUCUGUCAGUAGCGUUUAUGAAUGACAGCAUUCGUCGGGAACCGAUGGUUAUGCGAUCCCAAGAAUGCAUGAAAUAUCUCUUGCAACAUUUAUUUGCCAGGAUUUCUAACAGUUCCGGACCUGAUGCUCAACUGAGAGAAAAAAUUAUGAAUGAAAUGAACCAUUGACUCUGAAAUUCAAGUUAAUUAAAUUGCACUAUUUUUUAUUUGGAUUAAAAUUAU